AUCAAUUAUCUAGAAUUGCAAUGGAUAGGAGUUUGACAACAAUAUCUGGGGGCGUGAGCUACGAUGGCUCUUAUGGCCAGGACAGUAUUGUCUGGCAGGCAUUGGCUCACAAGUCUGCAUCCAAGUUAUCAUCUUCUGCUCUUUUCUGGGGUGCUGUUGAUUUUGUCAUCAUUGCUGUACUCAUGACUGCUCUUGAGAUAGAGAGCAUUGCCAAGGUGAGUUUCUACUGGUGGUGUUGUGCGGCUGGCUGCGGCGUCUGCAUGCUGAGUCUUCUACAUCAUGUCUGGCGCUAUGGAAACUCAUGGUUCCUCCUGCCUGUGCCUCUUGUUCAUGAGAAACAAAAGCAGCUUCUUGCUUUACAAGAUCAUGAAUGUAAGGUUGUGAGUGCUGCUCCUGAAGAAGCAACUUCUCCCGCACGCACUUCCCCACCUUUCUCGGAAGUGCUACAGCAAAUGAUGCGUACACCCUCACGUGCUGAGCUCUCAACAACAAUGAUGGACACUUCAGCCCUAUCUUGGGGGUCUGUAAGUGGCAGUCCAUCUAGUCUCACGUCACCAUCACACUCUUGGCUCAGCUUCCCAUCUCCCUACGCAAUGGGGGAAACUGCAGUCAGUAACACCAGCUGGCUGUCUUCUCCUGAUUGCUCGCCAGGUGGUAUGGGCAUGACUGCGUGCUCUAACACCAGCUGGCUCUCUAGUCCAGGUGGUUCCUUCAAUGGCGCUCCUUAUGCAACCUCUCCAUCGUCCCCUGGCUUGCAAAACUCUUUGCAUGUUGGUGCUAGCCCGGCACAACAUACAUCUGCAGGCAGCCCCUUCAACUUGGCCUCAACUCCCGUCGCCAAACCACCAGGCUUACGUGGCACUCCAAUCACCAGCAGGAAGGAACUGGACUCCUACAUAGCAAACUACCAGCAACAUAUAGCACAGAUCACGUCGGUGCUGGAGAGAAGCAGUAAUGGCGGCCACGGCAAUGGAGGGCUGUGGUGCAGCCCCAUGGGAUCAGCCUCCUACCAGCAGCUGGGGGACGCUUCGCUGACUCUCCCCAAAAAUGCAUACCAGAAAGCCACUCCUGAUCCAUUGCCUACUAGUGGGGAUAAGACUUCCAAUAAGGCUAAAGACCUGACCUCGAUUGCCUCAUCCACCACCUCCAAAGUUUGGCUUGCCAGGAAUGUAACUCCUAGGCAACUUUUCCAAUACGAAGAGAACCUGAGGAUUUUCCUGUGUGGCUCAGUGGUGCAGCCUCUUGUGAAGCUCAUCGAUCGUGCCAACACCAUCCUGACUGAUAUUGCUCCCGACAUGCAGAUUGGCGUGGUGGGCGUUGAGAAGCUGCGUAAGGCCUGCAUGUCGAGCACACAGCUGAGCAGCGUGCGACACAUCAGCGCCCUCGUCCCACUGCUAGAACGCGCGCCUGCUCACCAGCACUACCUCGUGACCAGGUUGCGGCAGUUUGCCAGUGGCGGGGCAUUGUCGAGCUACUCGUGGGACAGAGGCGGCCCAGGCUGGACUGAACAGUGCCCAGCUGAUGCAAUUCUCAUUGUGCAGCUGCUAGCCUUCUACCUGGAUUCUCAGCUCCCUGUAGACCCUCGUGAGAGCGAAGGAAGAGUUUUUUCUUCUCGCCAUUUACUGAACCCUGAGGACAAACCACCUGAGCCUCUCACGUACCCUGUCCUGCAGAUCACAAAGUUAUCGCCACCUCACAUCGAAGUGUUACUCCCUGACGAGGGCAAAUGCGACGUGGGUGCGGGCCACAAGAACGCCCUGCACUGCCUACUGCUGUUCCUCCAUCACCUCGUCCACACACAGCACUGCUGCCUGGCGGGUGUCAACCUCGCUCUCACGGGCAUCAAUUUAGCAUGGGUCGUGUCUAAUGACUAGCCCGGCUUUGUUACCGUCUUAUUUAGUUACUUCUUUUGCUUACAAUUUAGAUUAAGACCCAACCCAGGUACAAGUUAGUGAUUGCCUUGUUCUAGCUAUAUGGAUGUAUUAUUACUGUAAUUUUUAGUUUUAUGCGUUUUGAUGCAAAUCCGCUACGGAUUGCGGUUUAUUCAAUACCUAGUAUUUUUGUGUAUGGUAGAAUGCUAAGCACACUCGGUUGUAGUCUUGUCUUGGAACGUCAUUUUUUAAUGAGUUUUUUUGCCGAACCAAGAUCUCGCUCGUUUACGACGUCUUCUAAACUAGCCUAAGUUUAAAUCGAAUGAAAGUCUUCUAAAUGCUCAUCUCAUGUAAUUUCUGAAGAAAUGUCGAAUUUUUAAGCAUUUGUUCUUCACGCCGCAUUUAAUUUAAUUUUGCGGCCAUAUAGCUGCACCUGAGUACAUGUUGAUUAAUAUGACAUUAAUGACUGAAAAUUAUAUUUGAAAUACACAAA